CUCGAACCGUGGCUUGCCCAGGUAUGCCUGCCUCACUGCAGCACCUUGUGCUGGUGCUCCUGCUCUCCAGUGCCACCCUGCUGCUCGGCACUGCGGCUGCUACACAGAGUGAGGAGCGGCUGUGUGCAUUUAAAGACCCGUAUCAGCAGGACCAUGGAAUCAGUGAGAGCCGAAUCUCCCAGGAGAAUGGCACAAUUUUGUGCAUGAAAGGUAGUACCUGCUAUGGACUUUGGGAAAAAACACGAGAAGGAGACAUACAUCUUGUAAAACAAGGUUGCUGGUCUCAUAUAGGAGACCCACAGGAGUGUCACUUUGAAGAGUGUAUAGUUACGACCACCCCUUCCUUGAUUCAGAAUGGAACAUACCGCUUCUGCUGCUGUAGUACAGACUUGUGUAAUGUCAACUUCACAGAAAACUUCCCUCCUCCUGACCCUACUGAUACAACACCUUACAAUUCUUCUCAUUCUUUUCAUCGAGAUGAGACCAUCGUUAUUGCCCUGGCAUCUGUGUCUGUACUGGCUGUUCUGAUAGCUGCUCUGUUCUUUGGAUACAGGAUGCUUGCAGGAGACCGUAAACAAGGUUUGCACAGUAUGAACAUGAUGGAGGCAGCAGCAUCAGAGCCCUCAUUGGAUCUGGAUAAUCUAAAGCUGUUAGAGUUGAUUGGCCGGGGACGAUAUGGAGCAGUGUAUAAAGGUUCCCUAGAUGAACGCCCAGUUGCUGUGAAAGUAUUUUCUUUUGCUAAUCGUCAGAACUUUGUCAAUGAGAGGAACAUUUACAGGAUUCCACUGAUGGAACAUGAUAACAUCGCCCGCUUCAUUGUGGGGGAUGAGAGAUUCACUGCAGACGGCCGGAUGGAAUAUUUAUUGGUGAUGGAAUAUUACCCCAAUGGUUCUUUGUGUAAAUAUUUGAGUCUCCACACAAGUGACUGGGUGAGCUCUUGUCGUUUGGCUCACUCUAUAACUCGGGGCUUGGCAUACCUGCACACGGAGCUGCCUCGAGGAGACCAUUACAAACCUGCAAUAUCCCAUCGUGACUUGAACAGCCGCAAUGUACUGGUAAAGAAUGAUGGAACAUGUGUAAUCAGUGACUUUGGACUCUCCAUGAAAUUAACUGGGAACAGACUGGUACGACCAGGUGAGGAAGACAAUGCAGCCAUUAGUGAGGUCGGUACGAUCCGCUAUAUGGCCCCAGAAGUGCUUGAAGGAGCAGUGAACUUGAGGGACUGUGAAUCUGCUUUGAAACAAGUAGAUAUGUAUGCACUGGGCCUUAUCUACUGGGAGAUCUUCAUGAGAUGUACAGACCUCUUCCCAGGGGAAUCUGUGCCAGAGUACCAGAUGGCUUUCCAGACUGAAGUCGGAAACCAUCCCACUUUUGAAGAUAUGCAAGUCUUGGUGUCUAGAGAGAAGCAAAGACCAAAAUUCCCAGAAGCAUGGAAGGAGAACAGCCUGGCUGUGAGGUCACUUAAAGAAACAAUUGAAGACUGUUGGGAUCAAGAUGCAGAAGCUCGACUGACAGCACAGUGUGCUGAGGAGAGAAUGGCAGAACUCAUGAUGAUUUGGGAGAGAAAUAAAUCAGUUAGUCCAACAGUCAACCCUAUGUCAACUGCCAUGCAAAAUGAGAGGAAUCUGUCGCAUCAUAGACGCGUAUCAAAGAUAAGGCCAUAUCCCGAUUAUUCUUCCUCUUCCUACAUUGAAGAUUCAAUCCACCACACCGACAGCAUAGUGAAGAACAUUUCUUCUGAACAUUCAAUGUCCACUACACCAUUGACUUCAGGGGAAAAGAAUAGAAAUUCCAUUAACUACGAGCGGCAACAAGCACAAGCUCGCAUCCCCAGUCCUGAGACAAGCGUCACCAGUUUGUCCACCACUAAUACAACUGGCCUCACUCCUAGCACUGGCAUGACCACCAUAUCCGAAAUGCCUUAUUCGGAUGAAACAAACUUACACACCACAAAUGUCAUGCAGCCAGGUGGGCCCACCCCUGUUUGUCUGCAGCUAACAGAGGAGGACUUGGAGACAAAUAAAUUGGAUCCAAAAGAAGUGGAUAAGAACCUGAAAGAAAGCUCUGAUGAGAAUCUGAUGGAACAUUCACUUAAGCAGUUUAGCGGGCCAGAUCCACUCAGCAGCACUAGUUCCAGCCUGCUUUAUCCACUGAUAAAACUUGCAGUAGAGGUGACAGGACAGCAGGACUUCACACAAGCUACCAAUGGUCAGGCGUGUUUGAUUCCGGAUGUCCCAUCUGCUCAGGUCUAUCCUCUGCCCAAGCAACAGAACCUUCCGAAGAGGCCUACCAGCCUCCCUCUAAACACCAAAAAUUCAACAAAAGAGCCACGGUUAAAGUUUGGUGGUAAGCACAAAUCAAAUUUGAAGCAAGUGGAAACAGGCGUUGCCAAGAUGAACACUAUCAAUGCUGCAGAACCUCAUGUCGUGACAGUAACCAUGAACGGAGUGGCUGGAAGGAGCCAUGGUAUGAACUCCCAUGCUGGCACAAACCAGUAUGUCAAUGGCACGCUGCCCUCCGGCCAGACCGGCGGUUCGGUAGCACAGAGGGCCCAGGAAAUGCUUCAGAACCAGUUCAGUGGGGAGGACAGUCGGCUGAAUAUCAAUUCCAGUCCCGAUGAGCACGAGCCCUUGCUGAGGCGGGAGCAGCAGGUUGGCCACGAUGAAGGUGUUCUGGACCGCCUGGUGGACAGGAGGGAGCGACCACUGGAUAACGGGCGAACAAACGCCAACAACAACAACAGCAAUCCAUGCGCAGACACAGCUGCAGCCAGUGUCCAGAAUGUAGUGAGAAAUCCUGGGCAGACCCAGACUAGAAGAGCACAGAGGCCUAAUUCUCUGGAUCUGUCAGCCACAAGUAGUUUGGAUAGCAGUAGUAUGCCGUUGGGUGACUCUUCACAGGAUGGCAAAUCAGGCUCAGGAGAGAAGAUCAAGAAACGCGUGAAAACUCCGUACUCUCUCAAGCGGUGGCGUCCGUCAACAUGGGUCAUUUCCACGGAGCCGCUGCACUGCGAGGUCAACAACAAUGGCAGUGAGCAGGUAGUGCCCCCCAAAUCCAGCACUGCUGUGUACCUUGCAGAGGGGGGCACUGCCACCACUAUGGUCUCUAAGGACGCAGGGGUGAACUGCCUGUGAAACACUUCAAAAGCCGACAAAUGACCUUUUUUUUGCAUUAUUUGAAACAAACGUGCAGAAGACAUUUUAAAAAACUGCUUUCUCCUCCUGUCAGCAAAACCCCUACCAAGGACUCGCUUUAAAUAGAUUUCAGCUAUGCAGAAAAUUUUUAGCUUAUGCUUCCAUAUUUUUUUAUUUUGUUUUAUUUUUUGAACGUUUUUGCACUUUUAUUUAGUAUCGCUAAAGUUAAGUCUGUCUGUUUUGACCACGGAAUAUAUAUAUGUGUAUCAAAGAUGUGGUCUCAAAAUAUUUUUUUAAAAAAAAAGUAACAAAAAAAAGUAUUGCUGAUAAUCAGUUUGGACCAGUUUCUUAAGGUCACUAAGAUCAUAAGCAGACUAUAAGACAGGUUUGACUGCAGUGGUGUCUUGUAACCAUGUUUUGAUUUCUGUGCACAAGCUAGUCUGUAUAUUUCUAUGUUACAAAGUGUAUUCUCUUUUGAGCCCCUUAUUUUCCUUGUGUCAUGUUGAAAUGUGCAAUAGUCUAUAGUUCACAGUAGGCUUUAUUGAAAAGUGUGUUUCUAAAACUGCCACAUGUUCCCAUUUUUGUAUUUGUUAAUUUUUCCUUGACAGUUGAGCAGUCAGCCAGUCAUGACAGUGAACUUUGCACAUCGUAGCCAGCUUGAAGCAGCUGCCAAUAUCACAUUGUGCUCAGAGGUGACAAUGCAUGGAUUUUCCCCAACUUGAAAGGGCUUUAAAAAAGGAACAAAAAAAAAAAAAAAAAUCUGAGCUCCGUACCUUUCCUUUGAUCCUCCCAAAUCAAAAUGUGUUUCCUUUAUAGUAGUAGAUGCCAGCCUGUGAAGUUGAGUAACAAAAUGUUGAACAAAUGUAAGGAAACAGUUCCAGCCAUUUUUUCCAUUUUAUUUUGUGUGCAGUUGCACUCCCUGUAUUUAUGUAAAACCUUAUUUAGAUCACUAAUGAUGUACAUUGAAAAAUACAUCUUAUUCAGAAAUAUUAAUGAUUGUCAUACUUAAAAGCUUGAGUGAAGAUAGGUUGUGAACGUAUUUUGUUUACACAGAGAAAAAAAAUGAUGAAUCUUACUUGGCACAAAGCAGUUUUGUGAUGAGUCACAAGUCUUUCCUGAUUUACCUCCUUACGGACAGUAUGGGGUAAAAAUCAGCCUGAUUACUUAUGCAGGUAGGUGCAUCCUAAUUGAUUGUUGUUGCCAAGUAGAGUUGAAACACUCGUCCUCCCUUCAGAGUUCUUAGAGGCCCUCAUUCAUCUUGUUAAAAUUUAUUGCAUGCUUUUGAAAUUCAUGGGUGUUUGUGGGGGAAGGUUGGGGACUUUUUUCCCCCCCUGCUUAGUCCCUUCUUUCAGUUUGUAUGCACAUUGAUUUUAGCUGUCAGUGAAUGUGAAUGUAAUAUGUAUUGAGAUAAAUUGUUUUUUCACUAUCUCAAGUAAACCUUUCCUUUUUUUGGAAUUAUUGGAUUUAGUGGCUACUGAAAGAAAAUUAAUUUUUUUAUUAGUUAGAACCUCCUUUCACCUAAGAAAUAGCCUUCCACCUGAGAAACAUUCUUUCCAAUUGAAAACACUUCAGUAAAAACUAUUUGGGUAUAAAAAGCUGUAACACAUCAGUCUGUGGUAACAAGCAAAGAUUUAUCACUUCAUCUGAAAAUGGGUGAUGUUCAAAGAAAGAAAAUCAAUUCAGUCAGCCUGCCAGACUCCUGUGGCAGGAUACUGGCAGCAAACAAUUGCCUCCCCCAGCCUGUCUCCUUUCCUGACUGAAGCAGAUGCUCUCUGCUUUUAAGCUCAUUUGUUUCCUUGCCGUUUUACCAUUUUUUUCCCCCUGAGGUAAACUUUGCCAACCCUGUUCUUCUCUAUCUGUUGAUACAACUAACCUAAUACAUGCCUUGCUUACAUCUGGUUCUUGCUGUUCCCCAAAAUCCCUUGCUUGUGCUUGAUUGCUAUGAUUUUCUCUUGUAAUGCUUCUUAACAUUUCAUAGAUUCUCCUAGAUAUCUCCAAGAGAUAGCACUAUAAAUCCAGACUUUUAUUAAGUGUAGCUGUAGAAAUACAAGCCACGAGGCACAUUUUGAGCUCCCUGUGUUCUUUAAGCACCAGUUCAAAUAGUACCUCUUGUCUCUGAGGCAUUAUUACGUUUUCCCUCUGUAUAAUACAGUUAUAUCUCUCCUUUUUAAAAAUACAGCCUUCUUCUGGUUUGACUUUUAAUUCACUCUCUGGCUUCCCAUCUGCUGCAGUCUCACAUCCCAGAUGUUGAAAACCUGCCAAUUGCUCAGCUGGGUUUCAAGACCUGAAUCAGAAUUUCUGGCAUUCUGUUCAUAUUGCUCACUGUGGCUGUCUUCUCUUCUGGCCUCCUGUGAGUCUCCGUUUGGAGUGCACGGUGAUGUUUUUUGGUGAGCACCUUAUCGUGGUGUUGAGGAUUCUUCACUCCUUUCCCAAUGACUUUUGCUUUGCCUUGCAUGUAUCAUCCAUCAGCAUUUCAGAAUGUGGGCUGAAAACAAUAUUUAGGACUCUCACUAACAACUCAGACUGCUCUGGGGAGAGAAAAAUUACUUCUCUGACUGCUGCUUCUUUCUGCUGAGACAGAAUUGCACCAGUCUUUUAGCCUUUCUUUGCAGGCCAUGCCUUUGUAAGAAAUCCAGCCUUUUUGUGAUCAAUGCAAUCAAUUUUAAUACCAGAUGAAAAUGUUGUUCUGCAGUUCUCCUUCAACAUUCUUAAACAAUACUUUAUUUCUUUCCUUUGUCUAUUUUUAUUAGCUGCUGGAGGGCCUUUGGAAUGAAUUAUAAUUAGUAGCAAUAUUGGCUGUGCAAUCUACCAUGGAUAAAUACAAUUUGUAACAUGAUAGAAAAACGUAGUUUAUCAUGAAAUACCCUAUAGGUUAAAUAGAUAAAAAUCUAUUAUUUUUUAAAGGUCAGUCAAAGCAAACUCUUAAGUAGGUACCAAAAUACUGUAAUUUUGCCCAGCUAGAUGAAAUCAGACUAGGAGUUUGGUUUUAAUGUUUAAUUUAGUAAUGCCAUUUUUUUUUCUCACAGCACAUAAUCCAUUGUCCAUAGAAUACUUUCUCUGUAAGUUAAAUGAUACUGAAUUUUAUCUCAUGCCACAGGGAAUCAUUCUUAACCAAACAAAAUACAUUUAAGAAAAGGAAUUUUAUAAAUCAAACACAGGGAUAGUUGAUACUGUACAAUAAACAAAGAAGACAAAUGUGAUUUAUUUCUGUGUGAGUUAUGAUUUUUCUAAUUUUAUUUGGUUUAAAAAAACAAAUGAAAGUUGAUAAUUUUCUGUCAGUUUCUUGUGUAUAUUGCAGACAAGAUAAAAUAUGGCAAAAUUAAAAUAGAAUGGUGGUGUAAAUACCUGUUAGUUGUGCCACUGACAAAUAGGCAACAGUAGAAUAUUUGUUAUGGUAAUUUACAAUGGAUAAUUCAAGUAAAAUGAUAGAGGAAACAUUUUUUAUGUUUUUAUGUAUGAGACAAAAUGCAAAAUUUUGCUGAGAAUAGAAAAUGGCUUACCAGUAGAAGCCAGGAGAGUUGCUUAGGGUAAUGCAUUGCCUCUUGUUCUGUCUCCUGUAAUAGUGAUACCAACAGAACAUGGUUUUUAGAAUGUGAGGUCUAACCCUUUGAACAGACAUGCCUCAUAGUCUUCUAAAAUUGGUAUUUUCAGGUCAGAUUAUCUGCAGCACUUCUCUGAAUUUGUUUAUACUGCUUUACAGCUUCAUACACUAGCCAGUUCCUGUUACCAAGGCCUUUCUGGAAACUCCAAGAUGCACUUACACUGCACAGCUAAAUUAAAGGUAUUCCUAAUUUAAAAGAAAACCCAUCAGAUAGUAUCAGAAUAUUUUCAGAAACAACAUUUCCGUUCUUGUUUUGCUUUCUUAGUGGCACUUGUUUGUCUCUUGUUUUCAUAUAGAAAAUUACCUUAUUUUCAAAGGCAACACAUUUUGAUUUUUUUUCAGUGCACUGGGCACAAAACAAUGCAAGAUAGAUGCUUGUUUUUCAGGCAAUUUUCAGGAAAUAAGCAACAAAAAAAGUCCACCUCAUAAAUAUGUUCAGAAAGUUCAUAUCUUACUACCUGUCAGCUUUCUCUAAAAGAAAUCUGGAAUCCUACCUGCUUCAGAGAGGAGAAUAGGGAAGUUCUUGAAUUGUAUGGAAUAAAUUAUUGCCCCAAACUUAAUAGUCAUUAAUUAUUACUAAAAUAUAUAUAAGUAUACACUGUAUAUGCCCUAGUCCCAGUAUUCAGUGCAUUUUGCUCUAAUGAUAUUCCUUUUUUAAAUGUUAAAAAAAAUCCACUAAUAUAACAUUACUGUGUCUAAGUUCAGAUUACAAUUUUCUUUAAUGAAAAAUACAAAAGUCUAUAGCCAUUUUGCCAUUGAAAUGUUACUGUGAACAUUUUUUGCCUAAUUAGGGAGAAUGUUAAAAUGGACAUAUUUAGUCUAUACAUUAGAAAUUAAUUAUGCUGUAAUUUUUACUUGUAUAAAAAUGAUGGCUGGUCCCAUUGCUGAAAUAGGCUGGGUUUAAGCCAUAAAAAUAAUAAUUGCCAAGCACAGUAGCAUAUAAAUGACCUGAUGUCUAAUUGGAGGAUUUGUAGCAGCUCAUCAAAGUAAAUUGAAAUUGGAUUGACCAGUCUUUGAAAGUUGAAUCAUAGACUGGACAACUUAGUAUUUUGCAUAAAUUUGGAUUAUUUGAACUUCCCUCUCUGAUCUCCCAGUACUCAUUUUAACAGGUAAAUGUAUUGAACUUCUUUUUAAAAUGUGCUUACUAUUUUUUGUUCAACCUCAAGCCUUUCUUCAGUGAAAAAACUAUACAUAUUGCAGUGAAGCCAGAUAUAUAUAUAUAUAUUUUUACGUAAACUCUUUGUGUAUUUAGAUGCAUAUGUAUGUUGUGUGUAAGUUCCAGGAUUAAAUUCUGUGAGUUACAGCAUCAGAUGGUAGCACUGGUAGA